GGCGCGCGGGCGGCGGCCGGGGCCAUGGCCGAGGGCGGCGGCGGGGGCGCGCGGAGGAGGGCCCCGGCGCUGCUCGAGGCGGCCCGCGCGCGUUACGAGAGCCUGCACAUCUCUGACGACGUGUUCGGCGAGUCGGGCCCAGACAGCGGCGGGAACCCCUUCUACAGCACCUCGGCCGCCUCGCGCUCCUCCUCGGCCGCCUCCUCGGACGACGAGCACGAGCGCCCCGGGCCCCCGCGGGCCCCCGGCGCCCCGCCGCCGCCCUGUGUCCCCGCCGCGCCGGAGCUGGAGGAGGACGAGACGGGCGCGGGCUGGAGCGCGGCGCUGCGGGACCGCCCGCCCCCGCGCUUCGAGGACACCGGCGGUCCCACCCGGAAGAUGCCCCCGAGCGCCAGCGCCAUGGACUUCUUCCAGCUCUUCGUGCCCGACAACGUCCUCAAGAACAUGGUGGUGCAGACCAACAUGUACGCCAAGAAGUUCCAGGAGCGCUUCGGCAGCGACGGCGCCUGGGCGGAGGUGACGCUGGCGGAGAUGAAGGCCUUCCUGGGCUACGUGAUCUCCACCAGCAUCUCGCACUGCGAGUCGGUCCUCAGCAUCUGGAGCGGCGGCUUCUACAGCAACAGGAGCCUCGCGCAGGUCAUGAGCCAGGCCCGCUUCGAGAAGAUCCUCAAGUACUUCCACGUGGUGGCCUUCCGCUCCAGCCAGACCACGCACGGCCUCUACAAGGUCCAGCCCUUCCUGGACUCCCUGCAGAGCGGCUUUGACGCGGCCUUCAGGCCCUCCCAAACCCAGGUGCUACACGAACCCCUGAUUGACGAAGACCCUGUGUUCAUUGCCACGUGCACGGAGCGGGAACUGCGCAAGAGGAAAAAGCGGAAAUUCAGCCUGUGGGUCCGGCAGUGCUCGUCCACUGGCUUCAUCAUCCAGAUUUACGUCCACCUGAAGGAAGGCGGGGGCCCCGACGGGCUGGACGCGCUGAAGAACAAGCCCCAGCUGCACGGCAUGGUGGCCCGGAGCCUGUGCCGGAACGCGGCCGGCAAGAACUACAUCAUCUUCACGGGGCCCAGCAUCACCAGCCUGACCCUGUUCGAAGAGUUCGAAAAGCAAGGGAUUUACUGCUGCGGCCUGCUCAGCUCCAGGAAGAGCGACUGCACUGGGCUGCCCCUGUCCAUGCUGACCAACCCGGCCACGCCGCCCGCCCGGGGCCAGCACCGCAUCAAGAUGAAGGGCAACAUGUCUCUGAUCUGCUGGUACAACAAGGGGCACUUCCGCUUCCUCACCAACGCCUACUCGCCGGUGCAGCAAGGGGUGAUCAUCAAGAGGAAGAGGGGGGAGAUCCCCUGCCCCCUGGCCGUGGAGGCAUUUGCUGCUCACCUCAGCUACAUCUGCAAGUACGACGACAAAUACAGCAAGUAUUUCAUUUCGCACAAACCGAACAAGACCUGGCAGCAGGUGUUCUGGUUUGCCGUCAGCAUCGCCGUCAACAACGCCUACAUCCUGUACAAGAUGUCGGACGCCUACCACGUGAAGAGGUACAGCCGGGCGCAGUUCGGCGAGAGACUCGUGAGGGAGCUGCUGGGCCUGGAGGACGCCUCUCCGACCCACUGAUGCCGGGGCCCGGGCCCAGGGACCCCACGGACCUGGCCAGGGGACGGCGGCUGUCCCGGUUUCCGUCCCAGGAAGAGCAUGGCCUCCCCCUGGGGAGUGGCCGCCUGCCUCUCGGAGAUCCUGCGCAAGGACGGGGCGCCGCACCCGACUCCAUGUGCCACACGCCGCCAGGGCUGCCGCCAGCCAGCCCUGUCCCGCCCAGCCGGGCGUCCCGUCCGCGCGGCGCCUGCAGGAGACCUCAGCUCUGAGCACCGGGGACCUGGCCAGGCCCUGCCACCAGAGGUGCUGGGGACAGGAUGAGCCGCAGCAUGUCCUGCUGGAAACGCCGCUUUGUGAAGAUGUCAAGAUGUGUGUGACGUGGUCACCUGUACGCCGCACCUGCAGGUGACCGGAAGCAGGCAGAGAUGGGCCGUUUGCUGCUCGGACUGUCCCGGUGCCCCUGGGGCGCCGUGGAAACGCCGUGACGGAUGGGGGAGGGGCCCAGUGCUGGGAGGGAACGAGGUCUUCCUGGUCCUGUGGCCUGCUCGGCGGGUGCACAGGGAAAAGGGAGAACGCCAACAACCGCAGUGAAGUGUGAUGCUAUUUUUUAUUUUUAAAUAUAUCUUCAGGUUAUUUUCUUACUGUUGCUUAAGAUCUUCUGUAAAAGGAAGAUGUCUCCCUCCUUUUGUCCCCCCUCCCCUCCUCCCCCGCCUUGCCCAGUCACCGCCGUGCGUGGUCUUGGUUCUGUGGUCCGAGCCGUGUUCCCCUGCUGGGGCCAGGAGGGGCUGCUCACCGCCAGAACAGACGUGUUGCAGCCACCGAGGCCCCAGGGGGACUCACCUUUAGCUCCGUCACCGAACUUGUCAUGGGCAGAAUUACUUGUUUAGGAAAAUAUGUCGUGUUGCUGAAACGAGCAGCAAAGUGUCUCCAGGGAGGACCACCUGCUAAAUCUCCUCCCCCUCCCCCGUGUGCAGUGAGUCACCUGGCCCUGUUUGCCCAUCUCAGGUCGCGCCCUGGGGGCAGUGUGGCUGGCACUGCAGACCCCACAGGGCCUGGGCUGCUAGUCUGGUGGUGGGAUUUCCCCCGGGGCCUGCUCACUGCAGGACGGGAAGGGUCACCCGAUGAGCAGCCGGCAGCCAGGGCCCCAGUUACCCCCCCGGGACGUCCGGGGCUCUUUCUGAACCCUGGCCCCCAGGUCUGCAGGGGAGGAGCCCGCAGCCAGGGUGGCCUCCCACUGUGCGGCCGUCCCCACAGACGCGAAACAGGGCAUUUCUGGGGUUGCCUGGUCCCCCUGCAGCCCACUUCGCGCCGCCCCCUCACUUUCACACGCGUGGCAUCUACUCUACUCAGGCUUUGGGACUCCCUCCCGUGGUCACACGCAGCGCGUGAGCCGUGUUGCCGGCAGCAUGCCCCCAGCUCCCUGUCACCCGUGUCCCGGUGCGUGACGGCCACCCUCGUCCCCGGCGUUCGUUCAGUGCCGCGGAUCGCAGGCCCCACUUUAAAUUGCGUUUUGAAACACCGUUGCCAUGUCCUUUACUUGGAUGGAAAGCACUUUUACCACGUGGAGAAAUAUAUUUUUAAUUUGUGAUGCUUUUCUACAAGGUCCACUAUUUCUGAGUUUCAUGUGUUUCCAACACUCUAGGGCGACUAAUGAAAGCUGAUGAGUUUUCUUCUCUGUCCAAAUACG